AUGCCCUCUCCUGCGACCCCGCGUCGAACCCCUGCUCGUGGUAGCGCCAAGUCUACCCCGACCAAGUCAAAGGCGCUCGACAUUGGGAAGCCGUUAGGUGUGCAUGAUACGAAUUCCGUUCGCGAAAAGGUUCGGCUGUGGCAGCAGAAGGGUGGAGGUGUUGUGACGCCUAAGGACCCUCUAGCUGACAAAGACGAUGACAAGGGCGAGGAGAACAAGCCAACGGAAGUGAAACCUGAGGAAGUGAAACCUGAGGAAGAACCGGAGCCUCUACGAGUCGCCCCGCGAGUUGCCGCACGUGUGAAAUCUAGCCAAAAUAUAAAGACAGAGGGAAGCAAUGGGACCAGGAAAAGAAGUCAGAGUACCCCCAGGAAGCGCGUCAUCAGCGAUCAGCACUGGCGAAAGCAGCGCAGUCCGCCCACCAGCGCGAAGCAAGCAACCAAAGGGCUGUCUCCUAAACGAUUGACAACCUACAAAACGAAUGAAAAGUAUAAUGCCUCAUCAUCGUCUCUGCCUGAAAGGAGCAUACCCAAGAAAGACCAUGCGCCCGGUGGACUGAAAAGCUCCAAUACUACCGGCGACGGCAUUAGGGUUUACCCGUCCAAUCAAACACCUCGAAGCAAAUCUCGGGUCGUCAAAACUACAAAAUAUGUUUAUAAGGAUGGCGACUCAAUUAUCGAAAAGGAAACCGCAAAGACCAGCGAGCCUUCAGUGGCAUCGUCAUCAUUGUCAAAAGAACCACCCAAUGACGAGAAAAACGAGUCAUCGGUGAGAGAACGAUUUAGAAGAACCACACCACCUCCAGAAGAUGAUGACGAUGGCUGGGCUCGAAGCGAGGCAAAUUUCUCUGAGUUAUCUCGAAGGAGACGGCGAGGGCCAGCCGAAACACGCAAUCCCCGCAAGGCAAAGGGAGGAAUUUUGAACCAAGUUUUUGAUGAGUCUAGGAAAAUGUUUGCGAAACCAGCUCCCCCCCCUCAGGCACCUAUUGCAGAUUGGCUAUCUGGCCAGCCUGACCCGUUCGUAAAUGAUGGCGACAAUGGGAUUUCAGUAGACAUGCCUGCUCCUCUGAAAACAAGAUCUGAAGCGAUAAGACGACCAACUCGGGGAUCGGAAUCUAGUAUAACUGACGAAACGAGUCAUCGCCGAUCAGAGAAUCAGACACCUGGUGAGAAAGAUACAGACACUCUUCGGAAGUCCUCGUCCUCGAUAACUACAAGGCCAACCUCCAUAUCUACACACUCGGCCAAUGAAUCUUAUGCUCGCGAACCAAAGACGCCUACAAGAUCAUCCCCUCUUAAGCAUACGAUAUCGACUCGAGAUUCUGUUGUCUCCGACGAGAGUUCCGAAGUUUCUGCCAGUGAUAUUAUACUUCCUUUGAGGCUGAGGAAGCCUUUUCCCAGCACUGGACUGCACCGACUUACAAGAGAUGAUAGAUCCUUUAUUGGGAAACAGAAAAACGACUCUCUUCGCGAGGAAGAACGAGAUUAUACCGGAGCUGAUUUGAUGUCCGUCCUGUCUAAUCCCAAGUCAGGUAGACGCAGUAUACGCAAUCGGACACGAUUGGAAAAUGCAACGAUAGAAGACUUAAUGAAGGAGCUUACUUCCGACGAAACCAAAUACUUGCGCGAGCUUCGUACGCUUGUCGGGGGUGUUAUCCCUGUCUUAUCUGAUUCAGCUGUUGCUGCCGAUCCCAAAGAUGAGGCCACUUUUACAAGGCCAAUCGUUGACAUGGGCAAUUUGCAUAAACGCAUUCCCUUAGAGGACUGUGAAGCGCUGCUCGGAUGGGCACAGGACUACCUUAAAGCCUGGCGGAUGGGCUUCCAAGAUGUCGUGCUAGAGACACAAAACGAAAACGGCGAUGUUAUUGACAGCAAUGGGGAAAAAAGACCUUUAACCUUCAAAGGAAUCGACUUCAUAGCUCAUUCGCCCAAGGCCGAACAAAUGGCAGAAGCUUAUAAGGACCUUGUUGAUCUAGCCCAUGAAUCCGCUGCUUGCGUCGAUGAUACCCGCGCACGAGACCCUGAAACUCUUAAAGUUCUUACUGAUCUGAAUGUCAACAAGUCUCGCCGGGUGCUUGCUCGAGAUUUUUUCAACCUUUCCCUACUGCACUCAAACAAUGCCCCUGGGACAGAAGAAGGGGGUGACCUUCUUAUAUGUGAAAUUGACGAUAGCGAUCGUUGGCUUCUCUUUCCUCCAAUCGAAACGAGGUGUGUCUCCGCUCGCAGCGGAAGUGCUAAAGGCGAAAUAGACCGAGAGUGGCGAGAGUUGCUAUCACUUGAAUGGGUUCGUAUGCUAGGCUUAGAUCCUAGCUUCCUUGAGCGGUCGAGACGGCGAAGAAAGUCUAUUGAUGAAAAGAACGAGAAGUUAACCUCAAUGAAAUUGCGCUUGCCCAGUCCCAGUGAGGUGGAUGUGCCGAUCGGUGAGCAAGGAAGUGUCAUCAGUCGUGCGGGAAAUAGCUCUGUCACAAACACGUCUGGACCAAGUACUUUAAGUAACUCUUCAGAGGCAAUUUCAGGCACAUCCCUGGUUUCUGCAAUCACAAGGGCAUCCGAUUACUCACGUGGUAGCCAUCCUACAACACCCACUUCACCCAAUGCUCGCGAAUUACUGCCAUCGGCCAAGGAACUAAGUGAUAAGAAGAAAACUGAUGGGAAAGCCUCCCCUGGUUUGAAGAGGACUAAAGCGAACAGACGCUCUCGACACGCUGGGGAGAUGUCGCCAAUAGAAACCCCCACAAAGGUUUCGCCUGCACCAGAACAAAAAGAGGAUUCCACGACUCCGAAUUCCAAAGGUCCUACUCGCUUCUACGAAAACAACCAGGCAGUGCACAAUCAACAAACAAGUAUUUCUUCCAAGAAAAAGAGGGAGCCAACUCCAGAAGAUGACCAUGGAAGCCCGACUCAACACCGUUUGUCCUCUGUACCGUCUAUGAAAAUGCCCUCCAUUCCAAAAAUAAGGCAAGGCAGCGGUAGCAGCCAUAGCAAUACGUCAAUUGAUACGACAUCUGAUGAUGACCAAGAGUGGCCGGAAUUGCAAUUGACUUCGAACUCGAAAGACAAUGGUGCUAGCGAUCCAGAUGAACCACCCCCUCCGCCUCUCCAUAGAUCUCCGAGCCAGGCGCAGUUAAAAAAUGUCCCAAUACUCAGCCCGUCCACUCCGCGUCAAAAGCGAAGGUCAUCAUCGCCGUUGAAACAUGAGUAUGAGCCUUCAAGUGCUUCUGAUACUUCCUCCGAGUCGGAUAGUUCCACUGUUCGUCAUUACGAUAUGGGUUACUCUUGUUCAGAUACCUCAGACACAUCAGACGAAGAACUGGAAGACGAUGACGAUAUACCAACGCCUCUCCCUCCAGUGACGUCGGGACAAUUUUCAGAUCCAGACCCGCCAGCUUCGCUUCCAGCUCUUGAUGGAGAUACACUGUCUCCUUCUAAUUCGGCUUCUCAAGGGCCGUAUCGGUCUGUACCUUCACAGCCGUCUAAAUCAUCCAAAGCUAUUGCUUCAAUAUUCCAUUGGGCCGAGCAAGGAAAGUGGGAGGGUCUCGUGCCCGGAGAAUGCAGUAUAAUUGUGACCCCGGGUCUGAUCGAAGCUUAUGAACUCUCGCGAAGUCAUCCCCAUUCGCCUGAAAACCAUGACCGUACCAUUCGUCCUCUGAUCGCGCUCGAGUUGACACCAUUGGUUCCAAUUCGACGUGGAACGGCCAUUGACAUUAGCAUACGAAAAAGUAAUAACAUCAUGUUUCUACUGUAUUCUUUGAUCAACCAAGCGCGUAUUAACAAUCCCACCUAUAUCGCUCUCCAGAACGCACGAGGGCCUUACGCUGGGCAACCGAACAAAUCAGCCAGCUGGUUUGGAUUCCCAAGAAGAAAGAAUACUCCGUCUAUUGGAAUGGCUUCCGAAAGUAGCGUGGGCACAAUGAGCAGUGCAUUUUCGGCUCUAAAACGAUUCGGCACCGGCAACAAGAUCUUCAGCAUUGCUAGAUCAACUAUCACAUCUCGAACAGGAAGUCGUGAUGGAAGCACAUAUUCUCGGCCUAGUGGCUCUGGCCUCGCAGCACUCGCCGAGGCUAUCAAAGGAGCUGAUGGAAUUGGUUUCACAACAAAAUGGCGCGACCUGGGUGCAGCUCGACUGACGAUCAUGCCUGUGACCCCGAAACCAUCGCGCCCCAAUACAGCAGGCAGUUUGUCUCCAGCGGCAAACCCAAAUUCAAACUCUCCCUCCAGUGAAUCAAUGGAUGAAUCUUCACCCGACGGUAUAUCAACUCCUCCGGCCGCAUCACCCCGGCGAGUGGCUAUGAGUCAAGAAAAAAGAAUUCUUAUUCAUGGGAAGACAGCAAAGGAAAUUUUGCUGGAUGUCUGCUUGGGCGAGACCUCAUUUGAGAGAGUCGCCCGCACUGGUAUUGCUGUUUCGGUUUGGGAAGAUCGUUCAGGUGGUACCGUUCAGCACAAGGGCGGUGUCACCGGUGGUGCUUUCCGCAUUUAUAUGAUUCAGAUGAAGAGCGAAGCCGAGGCUGCAUAUACUUUUGGCCUGGUUGGAAAACUGCGAUACUAA